AUGGAUAAUAUACUGAAUUUUGACACAAGUGAGAUACCAGUGUUGUCUGCUACUAAGACUGGGUCUCAUGAUUGCAUGGCCAGGAACGAUGCAUUGUCCCAGGUUAUGUUCAAGAUUUUGGAGAGGGUCGCUGGGCCCAAUACUGGUUCUAGAGGCCGAGGGUCGAUUACGGAACGACUCUGGUCCAAUGGGGCCGAGUUAUUCAGGGGUGUCGUUAGAGUCGCCCCUAACGUGGCUGAGUACUGGAUGGAGGCUAUGGAGAGAAUUAUGGACGACCUGGAUUUUACGGUUGAGCAGAAGGUUAAUGGGGUUGUUUCUUUGUUGUGUGAUGAGGCAUACCAGUGGUGGCUCACGGUUAAGGAGGGCACUCAGCUCGACCGAUUGACCUGGGAUUAUUUUAAAACUACGUUCCAGGGUAAGUAUGUAGAGGCCAGCUACAUUGAUGCUAGGAGGCGUGAGUUUCUUAAUCUCACCCAAGGAGACCGUUCAGUGGCCGAGUAUAAGGCUAAAUUUCUGAGACUGAGCCAUUAG